CCACGCUCAUGUACACGGACGCUCAUCUACUCUGUUUGCCAUUGACGCGUUUUGUCUGGUUCUUUGGCAUUGCAAGCAAACGAAUAUGGAUUGAUUAGUGAUUGGUUUGUGUGUCAUCCGAUGCCAGGCUAUGUUGCGCGUAUAUAUGAAUAAACUGUGAGGAACACCGAGAAAAUGAGAUAAGCAAGAUGCCUGAAAGGUGAGAGAAAAGAGAGAAACAGCCAGAGCGUCAGUCUGUGAGUUCCGAAGUUCCGUGUGUACAUUUGGAUUUUCACUGUGUGAUGCGACGGCGGAAAGAAAGAGAGAAAAAAGGAAGAAAGAGAUAGAGCCGAACGUCGAGCGAGCAACGGUGGAAGGGGCAUAAAAAGAUGGCCGUCCCGAAACAUAUGACAAAGAACGGCGGGCAACCGCCACAGCCGAAAAGAAUCGUCUCGGAAUGUGUUCCACGGUAUCGUUGAUCCUCGUCCUCGCGUAGAGGUGCGGUGUAAUUUCGAGUAAAAGGGAUCGUGGCUACAAAAGUCAGUGAUCCUGUUAGCAAAGGAGCCAUGACUACGUGUAAAGAAUGGGCUCGAUCGCAUCGGUGUUGCAGUGGCAUUGCUCGGAGUGCGCUCUGAUAAAUCCAACGGAGAGCACGCGAUGCGCCAGGUGCGGCCUUACACGGCUUAGGAGUGAUGAGAAAGCGAACCUCAGGCUCAGCCAGAGCUUGGAGCGUGAACUUCCAGAAGAAAAACAGCAGGAGGAGGAAAAGCAAAGAGACGGCGAGGAAGGUGGCUCUUCCUCGGUCUCGGUUCCGCCGACACCUCCGCCGAAACUUCGUUUGGAGAGGUCAGCGACGGGCGAUACGCGUCCGACUACUUAUCAAUACGUCAAAACCGAUCUCAUAUAUCGCUCAGAGGGAAAUUUAAUUCUACCCAAUAAUCAUAUAAAGAAAUCUCAUCAUGAUUCAUGGAAUGGAAAGUCUUAUAAAAAAGAGCCAGUUAAAAGAUCUUCUUCUCUACCUUCUUUAAUAACACAAUGGACUUGCGUUCGUUGUUUGUUAGACAACAGUUGCAGUUCUGGCAUAAUUUGCGUAGCUUGCGAUGCAAAUUCUUCUAUUGCUGAAACUGACAAACGGCAGAUUGGAGCACGUAAAAGCAAAAAAUUAAAUCUACGCAAAACAAAUCGUCUGAAAGCUGCAUCUGAACUUCUGGCCAAUAUUUUGGAUGGUGUCAAUGCAACAAGUUCUUCUACAAGUGAUACAAAAAUUAUUAAUAAAGAUAUGGCACAACUAACAAGUAUAAGUCGUAGUGAAAGAAGACAAGAUAGAGAAGACUGGACCUUGCCACCGAUAGAAACUAUGGAGUCUACUACACUUUCUUAUACAAAUACCACUGAUACCUCUCAACGUUCACCAAAAAGACAUAGUCCUUCAAUUUAUGAACGAGUCAAAUCUAAAGUUAGUCGCUCUUUAUCUAAUGGAUCUGUUGUACAUAAAUUAUCUGAACAUCCAAUUCAAAGACCAACAAGUUUAGUAGUCUCAGAAACUCAGCAAGAUGAUGCUCUCUGGAGUUGUGAUAAUUGUACUCUUGAUAAUGCUCCUGGCCUAGAACAGUGUGAGGCAUGUGAAGCCCCUAGAAGCCCUGCUCCUUGCAGUGGAGUAGUUAUCAGUGUACCUGCUUGGGAACCACGUGCUCUAUCUUCUGCAGGUCCACUGUCCUAUAGACGAUCUUUUUCUGACGUUGAAUCUGUUACAAAUGUGUCUCAGAAAAAGAUCGUUAAUCGUAGGAGUCUCAAUGAAGAUGAACCACCUGCAGUACCACCGCAUUCUGUUGGUUUUAGUACAAGACCAAAAUAUUCUUACAUUGGAAUUACCGACCCUGAUAUACCACCGCCAUUGCCAAAAAAACAAAAUAAUAAAUUGGGCCUUGUACCCACGAAAGCACAUAGUGAAGCAACUAGUCCUGUCGGGGAUAUACCAAAUGUAAGUUCGUUGAAACGUAUGUGGACUUGUCGAAAAUGUUCUUACGCGUAUAAUCCUUUGUGGUCAACUGGUUGCGAUAUAUGUGGAUCUUCUCGAUCACCGCCUUCGUUGAUGCAACCUAGUCUAAUAACUGUCACGAAAGAUGAAACAAGUUGCUCGAUGCAUACACAAUCUCCGAUUGUAGUAUCCAGGGAUAGUGUGAGAUACAUUCCACAAAAAACUGCUACAUUGGCUACGGCAGAAUCUGAUUUAGAUGAUCAAGUCGAUCCACCUUCUCCAGUGUGGACUUGUAAAAAAUGUACAUUAUUAAAUGCUGCUUCAAGAACAACGUGCGAAGCGUGCGGUGGUUCAAAGCUUAAAAGUAUCAUGCAUUUGGAAGAUGCUACGCUACGAAAAGGAGAAAGUUGGGUGUGCCCAUCGUGUACAUUAAGGAAUCCGCUAUCAGCACAAACUUGUAACGCUUGUAAGACAUUAGCAGAUUUUCUAAAUGUACCAAAAGAUAGCAGAUUUUUUGGAUCAAGAAGUCCGAGUCCAAGACUCUGUUCAACUUCUAUAAAUUCAAAAGUUGUUACCCCAAGACAUAGGAAUUCUGUGAGAAGAAACGGUUCUUCAAUUGGAGACAAAAGACAUUCAAGAAUUAGAGAUUCUACUCAUGGUCAAUGGCAGUGUAAACUGUGCACGUAUGAAAAUAAGAGUACAAAUGGAAUUUGUGAAAUGUGCCAAAUCUCAAAAAAUUUAUCUCAACUACCAGGUGAAAGGCCUAGAAUUAUUGAAUCUGGCAUAAAUACACUUACGAUACAACGGCAAGAAAGUGUAGUUAUGGAGAAUUUAAGACAAAUUGAGGAAAGAGAAGCUUUGGAGAAGUGGGAGCGAAUUGUUCGCUAUUGUAAAGAGACAAAUGAACCUUUUGUCGAUGACUCAUUUCCACCAGCUCCAAAAUCUCUAUAUUAUAAUCCAGCUGAAACAAAAGAUAAUCAUGUUGUUCAGUGGAGAAGGCCUCAUCAAAUUAAUGUUGAUUCUACAGUUGAUUCCAAACUGCCUUGGGCUGUUUUUAGAAAACCCUUACCUUCUGAUAUCUCGCAAGGUGUAUUAGGGAACUGUUGGUUACUUUCAGCUUUAGCUGUUUUAGCCGAAAGUGAUGAGCUUGUAAAGAGAGUCUUAGUAAUGAGAGAAACCUGCCCAGAAGGAGCUUAUCAAGUAAGAUUAUGUAAAGAUGGAAAAUGGACCACUGUACUUGUUGAUGAUUUGUUACCCUGUGAUAAAAGAGGCCAUCUUGUAUAUUCUCAGGCAAAAAGAAAACAACUUUGGGUGCCAUUAAUUGAAAAAGCAGUGGCUAAAAUUCAUGGUUGCUACGAAGCUUUAGUAUCUGGACGUGCAAUAGAAGGUCUAGCAACACUUACAGGUGCCCCUUGUGAGAGUGUGCCUUUACAACCAUCUGCUUUGCCAAGCGAAGAUGAACUUGAUAAGGAUUUAAUAUGGGCACAACUUUUAUCUUCAAGGCAAGCUAUGUUUUUAAUGGGUGCUAGUUGCGGAGGUGGUAAUAUGAAAGUUGAUGAGGAAGAAUAUCAACGUAAAGGUUUAAGGCCAAGGGAAUACGAUUAUUGAGAUUACGUAAUCCAUGGGGUCACUAUAGUUGGAAGGGUGAUUGGUCUGAUGAUAGUCCUAUCUGGACACCGCAAUUGCGAGAAAUGCUUAUGCCACAUGGUGCUUCUGAUGGUGUUUUCUGGAUUUCUUUUGAUGAUGUACUAAAAUAUUUUGAUUGUAUCGAUAUUUGUAAAACUAGAGUUGGGUGGAGUGAAGUUAGAUUGCGUGGGACACUUCCACCCUUAUCAUCCCUUAGACAUUUAUCAUGCGUACUUUUAACGGUACUAGAACCCACUGAAACAGAAUUUACUUUAUUUCAAGAAGGGCAGAGGAAUUCUGAAAAAUCACAACGUUCUCAGUUGGACUUGUGUGUAGUUGUUUUUCGUACACGUUCACCAGCAGCGCCUGAAGUUGGAAGAUUAGUAGAACAUAGUAAACGACAAGUACGUGGAUUCGUUGGAUGUCAUAAAAUGUUAGAAAGGGAUUUGUAUAUUGUUGUAUGUUUGGCCUUUAAUCAUUGGCACACAGGAAUGGAAGAUACUUCCAGUUAUCCUGAAUACGUUCUUGCCAUUCAUAGUUCAAAGAGACUAUUAGUUGAACAAAUUUCCCCACCAGCAUUUGUUUUAGCUGAUGCUAUAAUAAGUUUAACCUUAGCAAAAGGACAGCGACAUGAAGGAAGAGAGGGAAUGACUGCUUAUUACUUAACUAAAGGUUGGGCUGGUCUUGUAGUAAUGGUAGAGAAUCGUCAUGUAAAUAAAUGGAUUCAUGUAAAAUGUGACUGCCAUGAAAGCUAUAACGUUGUAUCCACAAGAGGACAACUCAGAACUGCCGAUAGUGUUCCCCCGCUUCACAGACAAGUCAUCAUAGUUUUAACACAAUUGGAAGGUAGUGGAGGUUUUUCGAUAGCACAUCGACUUACGCACAGACUAGCUAACAGUGGAAACUUACAUGAUUGGGGUCCGCCAGAUACUCAACAUUGUCCUCAAAUUGAUACUCAAGUCGAAGGUUUACAUAGUCCUCGUUUAAUCACGUGAACAAAUGAGUGAUUAAUAAUAAAUAGGACAAUGUUUAAAUGUAUCUCGUUUGUCAAGUAAGAGAUUUAUUAUAUACUCGUGAUAUCCAAAAAUUUACCAAAGCAAGCUAGAAAGAUUUUGGUACAGAAGAAAAAAUAGUACUGAAACCAUAACAUAUUUUGUGCUUUCUAGCUAUCCGUGUUGUACGAAAAUUUUUAGCAUUACGACAAGCUCACUAUCGGAUAUAAUACAAUAAUUAAUUAAUAUACAAUGAUUCUGAGAUCAGUGGUUAGAAAUAUUUUUUUUUAAUUAGGUAGAAAUCAUUCGUUGUAUCAAUGAAAAUGAAUAUACUUUAAAACUUGCGUGCAAAUUAAGCAUUUCUACGGGAACCAUUGAUCUAUAAAGAAGACUUAAGGGAAAUUAAAUAUUUAUGGAAGAACAAAUUAAACACAUUGCUUGUUAUAUAAAAAAAAUUAUUUUCUCAACGUAACAUAUAAGCACCAUAAAAAAAAAAAAUAAAGCGUAAAGAUUAUACAGUAAUAAUAUAUAAAGUGAAAUAAGUAACAGCCAUUGAUAAUGAAAAACAUAUACACUCUUUUUGGAAUUGCUUAGAGUAUGGUAUAACUAUGGGUCGAAAUUUUUUCAAUUUUUGCAUUUCACAAGUCAAUCCUAUUUUCAAAUACAUAGACCAUAUUCAGAACUCACGUUUAGAAAUAUAUGUAUCGUAUAUUGUGCAUGAAAGCUGAUGUUAUUGGUCAUUUAACUGAGGAUUUUUGAAUAUUGGUCACAUUGUAAAACUUUAUCUUAUCUGUAUUUUUGUUGUUUCCAUCUUGUAACUGGAUGGAAUGCUUGUGCUAAAAAUGGACGUAGCGCGUAGCUACAGAACCAAAAAUCUCUCUGAAAGUUUUACAGUAUAGUGACGCGUUCACUGCCAUUCUGUGCAAUGUACAUUUAACUUUAUUGUUGUUAAACAUUUUGUAGUGAAUUAUUAACAAAUUUAUUAUCACUGAUUGUUGUAUGUACUUUAUGUUCAUUUAACUUAUAAUACAUAUCUUAAGCUUUAUACAUACACAAGCGUGGCAGUUAACGAGUUAGUCAGUUUUAUAAGUCUUGUACAUUUUGUAACCAUGACAUCAAAAUAGCCACUUAUGAGGCGCAAUCAUUUAUAAAUUUUUUUUUUAUAUGAAUAUAGAGUUUUGUUUUAUUUUUAUACAUAUACAUAUGAGUUUUAUCUAUAAACAGAACAACCUGGAUAAUAAAAUAUAUGAAUAAUUUUUUCCUAAUUUGAAAAAAUAUAUUUAUCAAAUUAUAAUCUUACGCAAGAAAUAAUUCAAUGAAACAUUCCCUUUUUUUAAACAUAAAAAUUUCUAAAUUGAUGAAUAUAUGUUAGAAGUGCAAUUUCUCUAGUAGCAUGAAAUGAUUUAAAAAAUUGUUUGUUGAAAUUUUUGCAUCUUAAUUUAUUGUUGAAAUUUUAUAUAAAAAAAUGAAAUUAAAAAUAUUUUGAUUCUUAUUAAUGCUGUUUCAACUAGUAAUUUUAAAUAUAUCUAUUAUAUGUAUUAAAUGCGAUGUAUGUCGGCACACUUUCAAAUUCUUUUUUAUAUGUAUUACGCAGGGCGUUAAUAAAAAUAGAGAACAUUUUUUUAAGUAUUGAUUUAAGUAUUGAUUGUAUGUAUGGAAACUAUGAAAAAGUUUGUAUAAUCUUGUAUCUAAAGUUGUUGAGCAUCUGAAAUAUUCGAAAUCUGAAUUAAACGAAUUCGAAUAUUCGAUUAAUUAAGUACUUCGAGUAGCUUGAAAAAAUCUUAUCCAUUGUUUUAAUUUGGAUUGUUUAAACUUAUUUAAAGAAAUUUAAUUUUUCUCUUAAUACAUUAUUUAAGUCGAUUAAAGAAUAUGGAAUUUUCUUGAACUACUCGAACAAGCAAAUCGAUUUCAAUAUGUAUUUUUUAAGUAUUAGGACGGCUUUAUUUGUAUUUAUGAGUUAUACUCUUAAAGCAUUCUGAAGAAAUUAAUUUUUUGCGCUACGGUAUUCUUUAAAGGAUAUUUAAUUAAAAAUAACAGUGAAUAAAUAAUUCGUUUAUAU